AUGAUGCUCUCUCCACAAGCCGCCCGUAUGGGUACCGUGUGCACGACACUCCGCAAGAUAGUUUCGACGGCGCGUCAGCGGUCUCUCUCGCAUUCGGCGUUCGCGUCGGUCCGUAGCGAGACCGCGUUUGGAGCCCGGGCGUUUUCGACGCGUGCGAAAUCUACUCUAGCGGCACUCGAAGACUCGGAUGACGAGGAUCUCACCUUUCGUAGUCAGGGACACGCCGCAGCCGCCGCGGCUUUGAGCAAGGCAGGAUUGAACAAGUCUCACGAUGAGGCCUGGAUGAUCAACGUCAAUCGCAACGACGACAACGAAUGGCUGAACGGGCCGCGCAGUGCCGAAUGGUUUACGGGCAUUCACCCUAGUCAAUGUCCUGGAGCCGACCAAGCGGGCACCAUCCGCUCGCUUUCACUUCCGAAUCUGUCGGCCGUUACCCGUGAAGCUGCAAAAGAAUACUUUGACAACUCAUGGACGCUCUACGAGACAUUGUUUGCCGGUCUCAAAGGAGAAGAAGGAUUUUAUCGCCCGCCAGUCCACGGUCUCCGCCACCCCCAGAUAUUCUACUACGGACACACUGCUUGUCUCUACAUCAACAAGCUCCGCGUCAGUAAAGUCUUACCCAAACCUGUGAACGCCUAUUUCGAGUCCAUCUUCGAAGUCGGUGUAGACGAAAUGCUCUGGGAUGACAUGAACAAGAAUGAUAUGCUUUGGCCCACAGUUUCGGAGGUGCACGAGUAUCGACAGCAAGUAUACAAAACGGUUGUGGACGCUAUUUUGAAUCAUCCUAGUCUUGAUCAAAGGAACGGUCCAGUGAAAGUCGAUCAGGAUCAUCCAAUGUGGGCAUUGUUCAUGGGCUUCGAACACGAGCGGAUCCAUAUGGAAACGAGUUCAGUCUUGUUCCGUGAGACGCCGUACCAUUUGGUCCAAACACCCCAGCAUUGGCCUCCGAUUCAUCCGUCGGCUUUCAACGAUGCCUCGCCCACAAGCAAUCCGAUAGAAACUUUGGAUUACCCCGCGAACCGCAUGAUUGCCGUGGACAAUGGAACCGUCGAUCUCGGAAAGCCUGCCGACUUUCCUUCCUUUGGAUGGGACAAUGAGUACGGUGAACGCAAUAUGGAUGUGCCUCCAUUCUUCGCUAGUGAACACAUGAUCACAAAUGGAGAAUACUGGCAGUUUGUCGACAAUGGUGGCUAUCGAAAUCGAGAGUAUUGGUGCGACGACGGCUGGGCGUGGCGCAGUCAUCGCAAUCUUAAGUGGCCUUUUUUUUGGGAGCCCGCAGGACCCGCUGGGUCCAAUAAGUUUUCGUUGCGAACCAUUUUCAAGAUCGUUCCCAUGCCGUGGAGUUGGCCUGUUGAUGUAAAUUACUACGAAGCGCAAGCCUUCUGUCGAUGGAAGACCGAGAAAGAAGGAUCUCCGACUUCAAAACCGUAUAGAAUUCUCACCGAAGCGGAGCAUCACAUCAUUCGAAACCACGAUCACAACUUGGAGGCUGCUCGUAGAGACGUUUCGGCGGAUAAGGUGAUGGUGACUUCAGGGCAAGCGUUUCCCAAAGGAUCGGCUGGAUCAAAUUUGAACCUGGCAUUCUCUAGCCAAAACCCCGUCGAUUUCUUUGAGCCGUCCCAAACUGGCCACCGUGAUACCACCGGAAGUGCCUGGGAAUGGACGGAAGACCACUUCAACCCUUUAAAGGGAUUUGAAGUCCACCACGUGUACGAUGAUUUUUCCACUCCAUGUUUUGAUGGCAAGCACUCUAUCAUUGUGGGGGGAUCUUUUAUAAGUACUGGCGACGAGGCAUCAGUUUUUGCACGAUUCCAUUUCCGACCCCAUUUCCUACAACAUUCUGGUUUCCGUCUGGUUGCAUCAGAUCACGAUGCUCCUGCUACGCACCUUUUUGCCGGAAAUUUCGAUGGUCAAGUUGCCGCACGCGAUGCCGCGGUCGCGCAGGAAGAAUCCAAGCCGAGACAGUCUUCAUUAGGAAGCGGCAGUGGCAGCGGCAAUGUUUACGAGACGGAUGACAGCUUGCAUAUGUAUCUUGGCCUUCAUUACCCUAAUUCUGGCGAGAAGGAAGGCGUUGCCCCGAUCCUUCCUCACGACAACUCUCCAAACCAUGGAACUGGCUUCCCGCAACGAGUGGCAGGUCUUCUGUCCUCACUGAAACCCGAGUUCAAUAACAAUCGCGCAUUGGAUAUUGGCUGUGCUGUUGGAGGGGCGUCUUUUGAACUUGCUAAGACUUUCGAUCACGUGGACGCCUUUGAUUUCAGUGGAUCUUUCGUGAGCGCUGCCAAGCGAAUGCAAUCGGCAGAAAAUAUCAAGUUUCGGGUUCCCGUGGAGGCUGAACUAUAUGAAGACCUUCAGGCUAUCCACGAACAUGGUGUGACGGAUUCGGUGCGCUCCAAAGUGCAGUUCUUUACAGGGGACGCCUGCCGACUCAUCGAUAUGAAAGAAGACGGAAUUCUUGGCUCAUAUGAUGGCGUGGUCAUGUCGAAUUUACUCUGCCGCCUCCCAGAUCCAAUGGCAUGCCUCGCCGGACUUCCAGAGAUUAUAAAUCCCGGUGGAGUGGUCGUGAUGGUGACGCCAUUUUCGUGGUUGACUGAGUUCACCCCCCGGGGCAAAUGGCUAGGAGGAUUUUACGACCCCGUAACAAACGAAGCUAUCUAUUCGAAGGACAUCCUGCGCCAAAUUAUGGCCUCGAAUGGGUUCGAGAAGAUUCAUGAGGUUCAGAUGCCGCUCGUCAUUCGGGAGCACCAACGUAAAUACCAGUAUAUUGUCAGCGAAGCUACAGGUUGGCGUAAGACAGGAUGAUGCAUUUCUGUUUGCAUUGUCUAUACAUCCUUUACAUUAAUGAUUUUUUCCAUUUAAACUAGCAUAUUCUAUUGACUAG